AUGACCUCGGCCUCUGAAUCUGCACCAGCCGUGUCCUCACCACCCGCCAAGCGCGUCAAGACCGACGAAGCCACCACCACCACCAUGCCUGCUGCUGCUGCUGCUGCUGCUACCGAGCAAGUCCCCUCGUUGCAGGUCAAGAAGCUGUCCCCCGCCGGACGACUCCCCACGCGAGGCAGCGCGUUCGCCGCGGGCUACGACCUGUACGCCGCCAAGGACACGACUGUGCCUGCGCGCGGCAAGGUGCUCGUCGAUACUGACAUAAGCAUUGCCGUCCCUGCUGGUACCUACGGCCGCAUCGCUCCCCGCUCAGGCCUGGCCUCGAAACACUUUAUUGACACGGGCGCGGGCGUGAUUGAUGCCGACUACCGCGGUCAAGUCAAGGUGCUCCUGUUCAACCACGCCGAGGCCGACUACGCGAUUAAAGAGGGCGACCGCAUCGCGCAGCUCGUCCUCGAGCGCAUCGUGACGCCCGACGUUGUCGAGGUUGAGGAGCUCCAGGAGAGUGUGCGUGGUGCGGGCGGGUUUGGCAGUACCGGCUACGGCAACACGAAUUGA